UCUCUCUCUCUCUCUCUCUCUCUCUCUCUCUCGAUCUCGAUCCCGAUCUCGAGGUCGACAAUGGCGAAUUCGCCGGCGCUUCUUCUCCCUCUCCUCCUCCUCGGCUUCGUCCUCUUCGUGGCCCCGCCGCUCCUCGUCUCCGCCGACGACCCCUACCGCUACUUCACCUGGACCGUCACGUACGGCGACAUCUACCCCCUCGGAUCCAAGCAACAGGGGAUUUUGAUCAAUGGGCAAUUCCCGGGCCCCCGCAUCGAUUGCGUCACCAACGACAACAUUAUCGUCAAUGUAAUCAACAAGAUCGAUGUGCCCUUCCUCAUUACUUGGAAUGGGAUUAAGCAGAGGAAAAACUCAUGGCAAGACGGAGUAUUGGGCACAAAUUGCCCUAUUCCCCCAAAUUCGAACUACACUUACAAGUUCCAAACGAAGGACCAAAUCGGGAGCUUCUUCUACUUCCCCUCCGUCGGCAUGCAGAGAUCUGCGGGCGGUUUCGGCGCUCUAAAUGUGUAUCAGAGGCCGCUGAUUCCCGUCCCUUACCCCACCCCUAGUGGGGAUUUCACUUUACUCAUUGGUGAUUGGUAUAGGACCAGUCAUAAGGUGUUGCAGCAAACUUUGGAUUCGGGAAAAGAUCUAUCUUUCCCUGAUGGGCUUAUCAUUAAUGGUGGUCAGCCGACAGCCUUCAACGGAGAUCAAGGGAAAACCUACCUGUUUAGGAUCUCGAAUGUUGGGCUAACAAACUCCAUCAACUUCCGGAUUCAGAACCACAAGCUGAAGCUUGUGGAAGUUGAAGGAACGCACACACUUCAGAACACCUAUGACUCCCUUGACAUCCACGUGGGCCAGUCAUUGGCCGUCUUGGUUACACUUGAUCAGCCUGCCAAAGACUACUAUAUUGUUGCCUCGACCCGGUUCACCAGGAAGAUUCUUACCGCAACGGCGCUCUUGCACUAUAGUGGCUCGAACUCCCCGGUCACUGGCUCCAUCCCGCCCAGCCCUCCUUACCAAGUUCAUGGGUCCAUGCAGCAAGCUAGGACCUUUAGGUGGAACUUAACAGCAAGUGCGGCAAGGCCUAACCCUCAGGGCUCAUACCAUUAUGGGACUAUUCCUAGGGCAAGGUCACUACAUAUAUUUAAUUCCGCACCGAUGAUUGGUGGGAAGCAACGCUAUGCAGUUAAUGGUGUGUCAUAUGUCGUGCCUGAUACGCCUUUAAAGCUUGCAGAUAAUUUCAAUAUUGCAAAUGUGUUUGCUUGGGAUAGCCUCCCAUUUCCACCUACAGCUGGCCCAGCUGUACUUGGCACCCCAGUUGUUCGGUUCAAUCUGCAUGAUUUCAUUGAGAUAGUGUUUGAAAACACAGAAAAUACGAUCCAAACAUGGCAUCUUGAUGGCUACGACUUCUGGGUUGUUGGCUAUGGUUUAGGGAAAUGGACACAGAAUGUCACCAAGAGUUAUAAUUUGGUUGAUGCUGUCACCAGGCAUACAGUUCAGGUUUAUCCCAACGGAUGGUCCGCAAUAUUGGUAUCUUUGGACAACGAAGGAAUGUGGAACCUUAGAUCAUCGAUGUGGGCGAGGCAAUACUUAGGCCAGCAGUUCUACUUCAGAGUGUGGACUCCGCAGAAGAGCUACUCCAAUGAGUAUGACAUUCCCCCGAAUACUCUACUGUGUGGCAAGGCUGCUGGUCUCCACCAUUAGCAGAAAUUUACGCAACUAUUUUGUUUGUUGAACUAGUUUUCGUCACAAUGGGGUGACGGCAAGAGGCAAAAGAUUUUUAAAAAAACACAAAAACAGGAAGAAAUAUUAUAUUUCUUGAUUAAAAAGACAAAUGUAUUUGAUUUGUGAUUCUAUUGUUUUUCUCAAAAAAAAAGAAAAAAACAAUGUAUGGGCAAAAUUUGCUACUGAAAUUUGCGCCAGAUCUGCCUUUCUUAA